UCCCACCCCCCUCGAGCGCAGAGAAGAAAGCCGCGUCCGAGCGACAUGGUGAUGAACGCGCUAGUCGAAGCCAAUCUCGCAUCUCCUCUUUCUUCCUUCCUCGGCCAUCGCUUCACCCCGGCCGAGCUAGCCGCCGCGGAGCAGCUCGUCCAGCUCAGCGGGAACCUGACCUCGUCGCCCUCCUCCUCCUCCUCCUCCCUUGGAUCCGUCGGCACUAAGCGGAAGACCCCGUCCGCGGCGGAGAUGGAAGACGAGGUGGAGGAGAUGGGUAGACGGCGGAGGACGAAGUGGCGGUACCGCCUCGUCGCCGAUCUCUACGCCGCCACGGAACAGAUGGAUGGCGGCGGAAAGCGGAACAAUUGCCUGCAGCGACGGUAAAAGAGGAGGAGAUGGACUUGUAAUCGUUCCUAGUUAGCUACCUGAGUAGAUUUAGAUCAUGAGACGCGGUGGCGCUCUGAUUCGUCCGCCCUUCUCCCUGCGGCAUUAGGCCAUGCAUGCAUGCACUUGGCUAGAUGUAUGAUUCUUCCUGUAACUUGUUCUGCACCUUCCCCAUGUGUGCUUGUUAAUG